UACGUGGCAGCAACUCUCGAGUAUAUUGAAUAAAAAAUUUCAACAAAUCAAAAAGAAGAAGAAGACGGCGGGAGUUGUUAGCAUGUUUGGCAGCUAACGUUAACUACUAGCUAGCUAGGUAUGGACGUGAACCAUCUCUGGAGUUAACUAACCACCGUGAAUUCAAACAUGACUGACAGGAAUUUACCUGAGUGGAUGUCGAAGAUAGAAACUACUGAAAAAGAUGCACUUAAACAGGUUCAAACAGGACUCUAUAAAAGAAAUGUCAUAGAGGAUGACCUUCCUUAUCUAGAGUUCACUGGCACAGUCAUAUUCAGCCAGGAGAGAAAUGACUGCUCGUUUCUGUCUGAGGAGUUAAGGUCUAGCCUUUCACCUGGCUCUGCUGUGGGGUUUGACAUAGAAUGGCCUCCUUCCUUCACCAAAGGCCAGAAGAAGAAAGUUGCCUUGGUCCAGCUGUGUGCUUCUGAGGAGAAGUGUUACCUUUUUCACCUCUCCUCCAUGUCAAGAUUUCCAACUGGCUUGAAGAUAUUUUUGGAGGAUGAGAGAAUCCGAAAAGUUGGCGUGGGCAUCGAAGGAGACAUGUGGAAGCUACUCUCGGACUUUGAUGUCAAACUGAAGAAUUUCGUGGAGCUUGGAGAUUUGGCUAAUAAAAGACUGCGAUGCGGUGAGAGGUGGAGUCUAGAUGGGCUCGUCAAGCACCUGUUCAAGAAGAGGCUCUUCAAACAGAAGAAUGUGCGCUGUAGCAAUUGGGAUGACUUUGAACUCUCCCAGGAGCAGAAAAGAUACGCGGCCACAGAUGCUUAUGCUGGCCUGAUCAUUCAUAACAAACUGAAUACUAUGGACCCUGGAGUGAAUUCUCGGUCUGGCCUUAAGGACAAGCUGUCUCAAAUGGCCAAUGAAAUUGAGGAAUUAGCUGGCAGCAUCCCAGAAGAAGUCAAUGACAUCCAGAGCGUUGCAACGCUAGUGGAGGACCUGUACGUUAGCCUCACUGCUCUGAGAGAUUUGCUGUCGAAGAACAACACCUCAGCUUUUACCACAGCUCCAGAACUUUUGUCUCACGACCUCCCAGAGAACAAGACCCUCAGUCCUGACAGAACAGACACAACCAAUGGAACACAGUUGGAUCUGGGCUCACCCGGGGAAGAUGAGGACCUCAAUCACUCCAACAUAGAUCUUUUUAAGGUUCCUGAACCCAUGGAAGAGGCCAGCAAACCCACAGACUAUCAAAGAGACUGCAUCAUGUCCCUGGAUAUCUCAGAGUAUGAGCUUCAAAUGCUGGAGAGGCAAGCCAGGCAGGAGGAUCUGGAGGAGCAGUCCACUUUGGAGUUCCAGGAGAAAAAUGCACUGGAUGACUCUGCAGACCUUUUGUACGAAGUGGAGAGCGACGAGGAGCUGGAGAGCAAGAUGCUACAGUGUGUGGAGGAAGUGGAGAGGUUGAGUCAACCGAAGCAACCCCAACCUGAGGAAACCCCCUCUGGCCCUGGUGAUGAGGAGGAUGACAUAGAGGAGCUGGAGGAGGAGGAAGAAGAAGAGUUUGAUCCAUCUCUUCCAGAGCCACUCCCUGAACAAAUCAAAUGUCUAAAGAUGUAUUUUGGACAUAGUCGCUUCAAGCCAGUACAAUGGAAAGUAAUUCACUCUGUUCUGAAGGAGAGGCGAGAUAACCUUGUUGUCAUGGCAACAGGCUAUGGGAAAAGCCUGUGCUUCCAGUUCCCCCCAGUGUACUGUGUUGGCAUCAGCAUAGUAAUCUGUCCGCUCAUCGCUCUAAUGGAGGACCAAGUGCUCCAGCUCGAAAUGUCCAACAUUCCAGCUUGUUUUCUCGGCUCGGCUCAGACCAAAAAUGUUUUAGCCGGCUUGAAACAGGGGCAAUACAGAGUUGUGUACAUGACCCCGGAAUACUGCUCAGGCAAUGUAUCUCUACUCGAACAGCUCGAUAGAAGUAUAGGAAUCUCUUUGAUAGCUGUGGAUGAGGCUCAUUGUAUCUCUGAGUGGGGCCAUGACUUCAGAGGUGCAUACAGGAGUCUGGGAAACCUGAAGAGAAGUCUACCUAACGUUCCCAUUGUGGCGCUUACGGCCACUGCCAGCCCUUCCAUCAGGGAGGACAUAGUGAAGAGUCUGAACCUGGAGCGGCCCAUCGUCACCUGCACCUCCUUUGACCGGCCCAACCUCUACCUGGACGUCAACCGCAAGUCUGGGGGCGUGUUUCAGGACAUGAAUGGCUUCCUGAAGAAGACCACCGGGGGGGAUUAUGAGUUUGAAGGGUCCUCCAUUGUGUACUGCCCCUCGCGGAAAGAGGCUGAGCGUGUGACCUCCACUCUGACCUCGCUGGGCGUCACGUGUGGUGUAUACCACGCUGGUCUGGGCAUCAAACAGAGGAGGGAGACCCAGCAUCGCUUCAUGAGGGAUGAAAUCCAGUGUAUGGUGGCUACAGUUGCUUUUGGAAUGGGGAUCAAUAAAGCUGACAUCAGGAAGGUCAUCCAUUAUGGAGCUCCUAAGGAGAUGGAGUCCUACUACCAGGAGAUUGGACGUGCUGGGAGGGACGGACUUCCAAGUGCCUGCCACGUCCUGUGGGCACCAGCGGAUCUGCAAUUAAACAGGUUUCUCAUCAACCAGGUAGCAAACAACAGAUUCCGGGGCUACAAGCUCAAAAUGAUGGGCAAAAUGGACCUGUAUCUCAACUCAUCCAAGUGCAGAAGGAAGCUGAUCCUCUCCCACUUUGAAGACAAACAGCUUCGAAAGGUGACCUCAGGCAUCAUGGGAACUGACCAGUGCUGUGACAACUGCCGCUCUGGGGCGGUGAACAGAGUCAGUGUAAAUGACACAGUGGACGGUGGGCGUCAGGACUACGGUGUGUUGGCAUUCCAGCUGAUUGGAGCCGUCAGUGCUAUGGGGGAGAGAUUUGGCUCCACAGCCCCCAUCCUGUUCCUCCGUGGAUCUUACUCUCGGAGGGUUCCCGAGAAGUACCGGUGCCACGCUCUGUUUGGAGUGGGGAAGAGUGUCUCUGAGGCCUGCUGGAAAGCCCUGUCACGGGAGCUGGUGAAUGAGGAAUACCUGAAGGAAGCCACCGGCACCAGCAAGUUCUGCACCCUCUGUAAAAUCACCCCCAAGGGGAGGUGGUGGCUGGGCCAAGCCCUGGAUGAGAAACAGAGAACCCUCCUGCUCCAGUCGAGUGACGGUGACCUCAACACCUGGUCUGCACUAAGACGAAAGCAGAACGCUGCAGCCUCCACCACUAAUGCCCCUGACAGACAGUAUUCGACCUCUCUGAACAACGGGUUAAAUGUCAAUUCUAGGCCAGUCAACAGCAAAUCUACCCAGAGGUCGGUCAUGUCAUCUAGCAGGACGCCAACCAAGUUCCUGACCCAGGUGGCGGUGUCCAAACCACAGCCAGCCCCCGUCUCCGCCAGAGAGCUUGAACUGCAGACGGUGUUGUAUGCCAAGCUGGUUGCUGAACGACAGAAACUGGCCAGUGAGAAGGACAUCCCACCAGCCAUACUGGCCACCAACAAGAUCCUCCUGGAUAUGGCCAAGAUUAGGCCGUGCACUGUGUCCAGUCUGAAGCAGGUGGAUGGUGUCUCUGAGGCAAAGUCCAGCAUGCUUGCACCCCUCCUCAAAACCAUAGCAAGUUUUUGUGAGCUUCACAAGCUGAAGGUGGACCCCUGGACUCUUGCUGCAGCCCCAGGUCCAGACAGCAGUAUGGUGACGGUGACCGGGAGGCCCUCCUCUCUACCCAACAGUAUUGCCAUCACCUACAGGCUCUUCCAGGAGGAGGGCAAGAGCAUGAGGCAGGUGUCUGAUGUGCGCAGUUUACCCGUUGCUGUGUUAGAGACUCAGCUGAUCCAAGCCUUCAGGGCAAACCACCCACUGGACACAGAGAGAGCUGGUCUAACAACCGCCAUACGAACUACCGUCACCCACAUCAUCCAGUCACACCCCGUCAACUCUGACCUCAGUGACAUCAAGGCCAUUCGAGCCAGAGUCCCCGACGACAUCAGCACCUUCCUCAUCCAGUUGACUGUGGAGUUGCUGCAGAGAGAGGGGAUGCCCACAGCGCCACCUGCUGUUUCCACCAGCCUACAGCAGCCUGAGCUGACCUGGAUAGAACCAAAGGACAAACCGGUGAAAAAAGCUUCCGUCCACAAGCCAGUGAGGACUGAAAAAGCCCCAGCCCAGCCAGCCCCAGUCAAGCUAUCCCCACCCCAACCAGAUGGUUGGUCUGCAGUCCAACUCCCAGACGAGAUGGAGAUGAGUAUGGAAGAGGAUGUCCUGUUCAGGGAUCUCCCAAUGCCAGAGGAAGUGGGUCCCAUCCCAGAGUAUGUCACUGCCCGUCAGCCUCUUACUGCAGCCGCCAAGGCUGUCCCCCAGACCAGUGCAGUGAAGCUGGCCUCCUGGAACCAGGAGCCCCUGGAUGAGGACACACAGGAACUCUUCAGUAACUCCCCACCUCAGAAUGUCAGCCAGCCGGCGAAGAGGAAACUACCAGACUGGGCCGAACUACCAAGAGGCUCCAGUUCUUUGGCCUGUACAAAGAAAACCAAAAAGAACAAAGGACUUUUUUCAUAACUGACCAGUGACCAACACAUUUUAUUCUUACUGACCAAAUAUUUGUUUUUCUUCUUUUCUUUACAACAAAAUGGCAAAUAAGGUGUUGUUGCCCAACUUAACAAUGUGACAUAGCAGAAUAAUUAAUGUAAAAAUAUAUAUAUAUAUAUAUAUAUAUAUUCUAAAACUUUUUGUAAUAAAGGUACAACUGAAUGUACAGUAGUUUAGAGGAAAUCAUUGGGAAGUGUGAUUACUCCAUGACUCCAAAUCUCAUUUCAUAAUGAGUUGUAUCUUCUUAUAUUAGUACACGUAGUGAUAGAUAAUAAGUAUCUAAUGUAACUGCCAAGUUGACAAGAAGAAAAUUAUUAGUAUUUGGUAAAACACACAACUCAUUAACAUGAGUGUCAUUGGUUAGAUAACUCUUAAUCUGGGACCUCUUUUAUCACACUGAGAGAUCCUUCGGUUUGUCGCUGAGCUAAGGUAUUUGUGUCAUUCAUUCAAAUCACGUACAAACCUUCAAUAAUUACGUUUAAGGUUAAGAGAUUAGUAAAUACAGGGUUUUUACAUCCAUGUGGACGUUUAAUCCUGGUUCAGAUUAGUGUGUCUGCAGACUACUUUCUAUAGAGAUUAACUGGGAAGAUUUGUGGGAUUAUUUGUCACAGAUCGUUUUUUAUCCUGGUGGGAAGAGAACUGUAGCAGUUGUAAGACUAUCAAAUGCUGAUUUCCUGUUCUGGGGGCAGAGGCUCUUUUUAAAGUUUGAGACCUGACCAUUUAAAAACUCUCGAGGCUCAGAGGAGAUCUGAUCAUUUACCAUUUCCAGAUUAUAGUGGUUCUCUUUUGAUUUACAUUUUGACUGGAUAAAAGAUAAUUACAGUUCAUAGUGAUUCUUGCAGUAAGCCACGACUGCAUGUGUAUCCCUGCACUGGCCAGUACCACUGCAGUCAUUAUGACCUCUAAUUUGCUCAACUAUGCAAUGUCUAGCUAUGCUAAACUAAACAAAGUCCUCUCAAUCAAGCUGUAACAGAAUUGAUUAUGUACUGUACACAUGGUUUAUUAUUAAUGUCAACCGUCCACCGUAUUUGAGCAUGUUUGUUUGUAGUAAAUUAUGCAUUUGAUGAGGGUAACAAAAAAUAAAAUCCAGCCUCUUCUUGGAAACACAAUAUAGGAAAAAAAGGAAUCCACUUCACUUGUGGCCACGGUGCUAUCCCAGAACUCAUGCUGACCAAAAUAGACUUGACUGAAUCUAAGAUGCCAUCCUGUACCCACACUAUAGAUUUCCAUUGGCUGCUGUGGCUAAAGUGAACCCCCUUUUGAGGUCAUUCUAGACAGCCUGCCCUCUUUGGAUCAGAGUGCGGUGUCAGCAAUUCCUUUACAUUAGUCAUACAGUGGCUGGUCUGAGGCCGAAGCGCUGAUGCUGUCAAGUAACAGAAAAGUGCAGAUCAGGCCUCUCCCCCGACACCCUACGCAUUUGUAAUAAACCUUAUCAAUAAAACCUUAAAAGGAAAAGCCAGUCAAUAUAGUGUUUUAUAGAGACAGGGAAACUUUUUUUAAAGCUUGAUCAAAGACCCGGGCUACAUUUAUAGUACAGAAAAACACAGCAUUAAAUUACUGAUCGGAUGUUCUUAGCGUCAGGGGUGCGCCGAGCACAAAUAAAAUGAGAUUUAAUGCCCUGUCUUUAUAGUGCGCACUAAAUGGCACCCUAUUCUCUCUGUAGCUAAAUGGACCCUGGUCAAAAGUAGUGCACUAUAAAGGGAAUAGGGUGCCAUUUGGGACACACCCUCUGCCUCGUCUGCUGUUCUUAUUGAUGACUCCCUGUUGUGUUUCGAGUUGGGCUGGAUGGCCUGACCAGUGCAGCCACACGCUCCUUGACAUGGUAUCUGCUGCUGGGUGUGCAGCAGGUGACCUGUGAAAUUUAUUUGCAGGGCCUUUGCUUGGAAAUUGCCGGUGGCGCUCGGAUACGUCACGUGUACUCUAAUAUAAACAAUACAUUUUCGCAGCAUGAAGAGUUUCCCCUCUGCACUGAGAUAUUUGUGGAAUUUUAUUUGUCACAUGCGCCAAAUACAACAGGUGUAGACCUUAGAGUGAAAUGCUUACUUACAAGCCCUUAAC